AAAAACAACAAUAUCACCAGUCCACCAUAGUAAUUCCACUGCGAGUGGAGAAAAAUGGCCACGCUAAUGGCAGCGGUAGCUGUUUCAAUUCCUGCCAUUUCAACCCCUUCUUCAAAAUAUGUGCAGGCAUUUGGCUGCAAAAAUUCAGUUCUGAAGAGCUUUUCUGUACCUGCCAACGUCACUUCUACGAGAGGAGGAGAAAGGAGAUUGUCCAGCAGCUUCAUUUCUUCUUCUUCUUUGAAGAAAUUCAGGUCAUUUUCUGUUCAAGGGGAAACAGACAGUAAUAGCAGCGUCCAAGAAAAGGCACCAUUUGGAUAUACAAGGAAGGACGUUUUGCUCAUUGGUCUGGGGGUGACUGUUCUUGGAUUUGGUCUAAAAUAUGGAUUGGAGUUUAUUGGAGUGGAUUCUCUUAAGGCAGGGAAUGUUGUGCAACUGGUGCUGGUUCUUGGGCUCACUGUUGGUUGGAUUCUAACAUACAUAUUCAGGGUUUCAACAAAGGACAUGACUUAUGCCCAACAGCUCCGUGACUAUGAAAAUAAAGUAUUGGAGAAGCGACUAGAGGAACUACCUGAGGCUGAGCUUGAAGUAUUGCUAGCUCAAGUUGAGGAGGAAAAGCAACGUCUGCAAAACAAAAAUCGUGAUGGUUUGAAUUUAUAGUAGCUCCUUGCACGUGUUAUAUCCUUACAAGUAUUUGUAAAUUGAUUGUGAAUAGAACACUUUUGUGAUAUUAUAUUUUCUCAUAAAGAAUAUAUUGCUAUGGGAGUUCAAGCCAGGCUUGGAUGGAUUUUCCAUUUGACCUACCAAUGUGCUAAAAUAGUCAGACUGCUUAAGCAUCACACUUUCUGACCAGAAUUAUUCAACUCAGUUUCCGUGUUCUCUUCAAA